AUGGUGGAUCCAGUUAUGGUCUCCUCAACCAACAAACCUAUCUUCUUCAUAGAUUUAUCUGGACAAAACUCCAUUCCUGAGAGAGCAAUAACAGAAGCAGAGUUUUCAUCAGAAACUUCUUACUUUCUCGCGCACGUCACACCUUCAAACCUAAGCCGAAACCAUAUGGGUCUUUCAAACAAAUUUGCCAAGCCAAAUGGUCUGUACAACAGACAAUGUGAGAUUGAUUUACUCAACGAAGAAGGAAAAGCUUGGACACUGGAGCUUAAACACAACAAAACAGCUGGUCAAACUUAUAUGUGCAGAGGCUGGACAAGUUUCUGCAAAGAAAAUGGGAUCGGAGCCGGAUCUUCUUGUCGAUUUAAAUUUGUCCAAACCGGAAUCAAACCGGUGCUACAGUUGUGUCUCAGUACCUCUACCAUUCUACCACAAGGAAACUCUUCCAAAGCACUUGAUGUUCCUGAAACUGAGAAUUGUUCAGAGACUGCUCAAAUGAAUCAGAACAGGGCUAUGAAUCUCACAAAAAGGUUCACAAUAGCAAAUGGUCUGCACAAGAGUUGGUGUGAGAUUGAUCUGAUGAAUCAAACUGGCAAAUCAUGGGUUGUGCAUCUGCGAUACAACAAAAGGACUGGUCAGGAAUUUCUACGUGGAGGCUGGAGAAGUUUCUGCCAUGACAACGAGCUGAAAACCGGAUGUUUCUACCGGUUUGAACUUGUCCUAACUGGGACAAGACCUGCGCUACAGUUGUGUUCAGACAAUACUCCACAAGGAAACUGUGCAAAAGCAAACUCAAAUGGAAAAGCUAAAGUUUCGGCUAAACCUAGCAGGGAAGGUGAUAGAUCCAGAAAGAAAGCUAGGGUUCCGCAGGAGAACCCUCUCGCCACACUCAGGCAUCACAAAAAUCUACUGUAG